GCCUGUAACGUUAGUAUCUAAAGUACGGUAUCUCGAGUUCUGCGAGUGAACAGAAUGUGUUAUUCUACUGACAACAUCACUGUCAUGUCACUGGCAGCAGAUAUGAUACCACCGAUGACGCAUUUCCUCACUAUUCUGGAUCUUUCUUCCGAAUAUCAGUAUUUUGGGCCAAUUCAAUCCAGCUAUUUGGCCCAAUUAAGCCCCAUUAAAUACCAUAAUCCUUGGAUUAAAAACCCUAAUUCUGCAAUUCUGUCCAGUCGUGCAGUGGAGAUAUGACGGCGAAGAUUCAUACACCGGCGGAGACAGAGAUUGCAGCUCAGUCCAAUUCUGAUUGGUAUCCAAUGCAAGACCUUGAUCUUACCACAAUGACAGACAAUAUUACCCUACAAAAGCAUGACAGAUCAAUCAAUAUCAUGGAAUCCAAACUUAAUUCUGUUGAAGAAAAUCAAAUAGCAGCCGAGGAGCAAAUAACAGAGCUGAAGGACCAAUUGGCUCAAAUGUGUCUUGAGUAUGCUGAAACUAAGAGAACUGUUGUCACUCUGAGGGAGCUUGUGAGAACUGAGUUGCUGAAAAAGACCGUAGAGGCUGAUGAAAGAAGCAUACUCAUCCCUGGAUCUAAGGAGGUUAGCUCAAGCAUUGAUCCAGUUCACCACCAAGCUCCAGAGUUGUUGGCGAAGCCUCAUCCUCAAAUUCCACAAUCAAAGACUCCAGUGCAGUCCACACCUGUUAACGAGGGAAGAGCACAUGCACCAAUGUAUAUGUCUGCAGGAACAUAUACGUCCCCCAAUGUUUUUUCAGACCAGGGACCUCAGAUCAGUGACGAAUCCUGUCAGCUACAAGAAGAGGACAAUUGCAUAUGCAAGGCGAUUCUGAACGAGUAUUCAAUGAAGGUAAAUGUAGAAAAACCCAUUUAUAAUUCAGGAAUAACAGAUGGUCAGCCUUCAGCAUCUGUUACAUCUUUAACAUUUAAUGGAAAAUAUUAUGUUGGAGACAAAGGCAGGAAUAAGAAAGAGUCUCAGAAUUUAGCUGCACGUGCUGCUAUCUUGUCUCUUUUAGAUUCUGAUGCAAAUAUGGUUAUCUCGAAGAUUAUUAGUAAAUGGAGACUUUCUUCUUUGAAAGAUAAAGUUAAAUUGCCAUUAGUGGAACAAGGGAAGGUCCGGGAAGCUAAGAAUAGUGUGGGAAUUUAUCCUCGGGUACAGAUUGCUGCAGUGCCGUCAAGUCAAACGUGUACUCUGACCCAAUCAGUUCCUAGUAACUGUGAUCCUCUGCAAGGUUUUGACAAUGCUGUAUUAUCUGGACCUUGUGUGCUACCCAAGUUUGGGUCAGGACCUGAGACACAUAUUUUGGUUUGUUGGAGGAAGCCUGAAAAGGGAUUUAUUGCUUUAAAUGCUGACGGGGCUUCUCAGAAUGGUAUUGCAGCAGGGGGUGGUAUUCUCAGGGACCAUACUGGCAAACAUAUAUCCAAUUUUUACAAUAACUAUGGCACUGGUUCAGUCUUCAUUGCUGAAUCUAAAGCAAUUCUAGAUGGUCUUUCUAUCUGUAAGGAACUGGGCUAUAACAAGAUCCAGUUACAGACUGACUCACGUCAAGCUACCUUAUGCUUUGGUCGACGAUCAAAAAGUUCUUUAUCUGAGCAAAGUAUAUGGGAUGAGAUAUACAAAUUUCAGGAUGAGCUGUCUAUUGAGAUCUUGCAUGUAUGUAGGGAAGGCAAUAAAAUGGCAGAUUAUCUUUCUAAAAAGGGUAUCUUAGCCAAAGAAAUGGGGACCAUAGAUGUAAGUCUAGAUGAAAGAGCAAAAGAGCUUCUGGCAGGGGAAAAAUUGGGAAUAUCUUACCUCAAAAAAUUGAAAAAUCAAUCUGCUGGAGUGAGCGAGAAUAAUUUGCAUACUGGGGUGCAGAUUGCUCCAGUGUCAUCAAGUGAACUUACUACAUGUACAGUGGCCGAAUCAGUGCCCAGCAACUGUGUCUCGCUGCAAGGGUUGGAUUCUUUGGACAAUGAUUUAUUAUCUGGACCUUGUGUUCUGCCUGAGCUGUCAGGAACUGAGGCUUAUUUUCUGAUCUAUUGGAAGAAGCCACGAGAGGGAUUCAUUGCUUUUAAUACUCAAGUUUCACAUAGAAAUGGUGUUGCAGCAGGGUCUGGUGUUCUCAGGAAUCAUAAUGGAGAACAUAUAUCCAAUUUCUACAAUAACUAUGGCAGAGUUUCUAUCAAUUUUGCAAAAUCUAAAGCAAUUCUAGAUGGUCUCGUUGUGUGUAAAGAACUGGGCUAUGACAAGAUCCUGAUACAGACCGACUCAGCUCUUGUUACUCUAUGGUUUCACCGACAGUUGACAGUGACAGUUCCUUUGGAUUUGCAAACUAUGUGGAAUGAAAUAUACAAGUUUCAGGACGCACUAUCUGUAGAAAUCUUGCAUGUUUAUAAAGAAGGCAAUAAACUGGCUGACCAUCUUUCUCGGAAGGGUGUCUUAGCUGAAGGAAUGGGGUCCAUCAAUAUCAAUCUGGAUGAAAGAGCAAAAGAGCUUCUUAUUGGGGAAAAAUUGGGAAUUUCUUGCCUCGGAAAAUUGAAAAACCAAUGUAUAGCUUGAUACAGUGAUGGUAUUGUACCAGGCAAGAAAAAAGUGACAAUAUUGCAAGCAAUUGAUUUUUUGACAAGAUUGCAAGCAAUUAGCUAAGAAAAUGUGACAUACUGCAAAUAUACUCAUACAUACGUCUGCAGUUCGGAACUAGGUUGGUAAAUAUUCAAACUAAAGGUAGCGUAAUAUUCAUUAUCAUAUUUGAAUUUGAUUGGAUAUUAAAUAUAGACACGUACUUUGUGUAUGUAAAGAAGUUGGUUACUGUGUUAGUUGCAAGUGUGGUGAUACAAAAACGUAUUGCACUGAA